AGUUGGAGCCCCUGCUGAGGAUGAUGUCAUACAUUUCUCAAGUGAGAGUUGCUGUGUUUUUGAAGGAUUUUUUAAAAAUCCUGUGGUAGGAAACUAUCUGGGGUUCUGUAACAUGAACUUAGUAUGUCUUGGGGAAUCGUGUGAAGGAAAAACACUGACUGUAACAUUAAGAGCAGACAACCUGAAUGGUGAGAGGAGCUGCUGUCUGAGCAGGAUGUUGGCCUGGACGGUACUGACUCUGCUUAUCCUCCAAAUGCCAAGUGUCUUAGCUCUGCCGAAAGGAUACACUCUAAUCAAUGAGGACUGUCCAGGGGCUGAGUGGAAUAUCAUGUGUCGGGACUGUUGUGAAACCGAUCAAAUUGAAUGCAUUUGCCCUGGAAGGGAGGAAGUUGUGGGAUAUUCUGUCCCAUGCUGUCGGAAUGAAGAAGAUGAAUGCGACUCUUGUCUGAUACACCCAGGGUGCGUCAUCUUUGACAACUGUAAGGGAUGUAACAAUGGUUCAUGGGGAACCUUGGAUGAUUUCUACAUCAAAGGAUUUUACUGCUCUGAGUGCCAUGCUGGCUGGUCGGGGGGAGAUUGUAUGAAAUGUGGGGCUGUUGUAAAUGCUUCGAGAGGGCAGAUUGUACUUGAGGGAUACCCCAGCAACUCUCACUGUGAAUGGACAGUGUCAGUGAAUCCCAGUUUUGGUAUUGAAUUAAGAUUCUCCAUGCUGAGUCUGGAGUUUGAUUACAUGUGUCAAUAUGAUUAUGUGGAAGUCCGUGAUGGUGAUAACAUUGACUCCAGGGUUGUUGGAAAGUUCUGUGGAAAUGAACGGCCUCCCCCAAUCCGGACCACUGGGAACUCAUUACAUGUUUUAUUUGUAUCUGAUGGGUAUAAAAGCUUUGAUGGAUUUUUUGCCACGUUUGUGGAAGUUGAUGGAUGCUCUUCCUCUCCUUGUUUACACGAUGGAAUGUGUCUCCAGCUUGGACCAGUUAACUAUAAGUGUGCCUGUCUUGCUGGAUAUACAGGCAAAUGGUGUGAAAACAUGGUGAUAUGUAGGAAUCCCGUGGCCCCAGUCAAUGGUAUGGUGGAAGGAGAUGAUUUCCGGCUUGGUUCCCAGAUCUACUUCAGCUGUGAUGCUGGUUUCCAGUUAGUUGGAAGCAACGUUGGCACUUGUCAACUGGAUGGGAACUGGAGCACGAGUACUCCGCGCUGUGAGCUUAAGAGCUGUCCUGACCCUGGUGUACCACUGAAUGGGCAACGAAGAAUUCUUUCAGGAAGCAGGCAAAUAAACCAGGGCUUUGCAACUGUGGGCACCACUGUGCAGUUCACUUGCGAUGAGUUGUUUAAUCUGAGUGGCAGCGUGCAGAGUACCUGUCAACAGGAUGGAACAUGGACAGAAAAGCAGCCAACUUGCACAAAAGGGAUAAAGAGCUGUACUGACCCUGGUGUGCCAGUAAACGGUCAACGAAGAAUUCUCCCAGGAAGCGGGCACAUAAACCAGGGCUACGCAACUGUGGGCACCAUCAUGCAGUUCACCUGUAAUUAUUUGUUCCUUCUGAGUGGAAGUGCACAGACAACUUGCCAACAGGAUGGAAUGUGGACGAAGAAGCAACCAACCUGCACGAAAGAGAAUAUAAGCUGUACUGACCCUGGAGCACCACUGAAAGGGCAACAAAGAAUUCUCCCUGGAAGUGGAGAGGUACAUCAGGGCUACGCAACCGUGGGUACCAUCAUGCAGUUCACCUGCGAUUAUUCAUUUGUUUUGAGUGGUAGCACACAGAGAACUUGUCAACAGGAUGGAACGUGGACGGAGAAGCAGCCAACAUGCACAAAAGCUUGUAAGAAACCCAAGAUCCCUAACCUGGUGAGACAGAAAGUUUUGUCAACACAACCUCAAACCAGGAAGACUCCACUACAUAGAUUAUUAUCCACUAUACAGGAUAAAGAGCAGCCCCAAAUCUCCCCCACUAAAAUCCCGGUACAUCAUAUUGGGAAUCUGCCAGCAGGUUUCUAUCAUCCCCACACACAGCUGGAAUAUGAGUGCAUCUCCCCCUUCUACAGGCGUCUUGGGAGCAGGAAAAGGACAUGUCUUAAAACAGGCAAAUGGAGUGGACGAUCACCAACAUGCAUUCCCAUUUGUGGGAAAUUUGGCAAUUUUAGCCUGCAGAGUCUGCCCUCAACAGCUUGGGCCUGGCAGGCUGCGCUCUACCAGAAGACGUCACGGACAAGCAAUGAGAUUGUCAGGCAGCAUGCAUGGUUCUUGGCCUGCAGUGGGGCGCUCCUAAAUGAACGGAACAUUGUAGUAGCCGCCCACUGCGUGACAGAGCUGGGAAAGGCAGUGAUGAUCAGCACGGCCGAUAUGAUGGUGGUUCUUGGAAAGCAUUACCAUGAGGAGGAGCGGCAAGAGAAGAGCCGACAGUACCUACGAAUUUCUGCAGUUAUUGUGCAUCCCUCCUAUGACCCUGUACUGCUAGAUUCAGAUAUUGCAAUAAUCAAACUAAUGGACAAGGCAAAAAUCACUGACCAGGUGCAGCCUGUGUGUCUCCCUGAUGUAAAAGAUCUAUCCAUCAUGAAUACGCAGGGCUAUGUGACUGGGUGGACAAUGAAGAGUGAUGCUAAGGAUUCGGCCCAUUCAAAUGACACCAUCCGUGUGGGCACCAUUGAAAUAGGUGAUUCUGUGCAGUGCGAGCAGCAGUACGAGGAUCAUGGGAUCUCCGUCAGCAUCACCGAGAAUAUGUUCUGCGCCCGUCAGGAUCCGAGUGGUUUCUCAAACAUCUGCCCAUUGGAGACGGGUGGUGUGGCGACCUUCCCUGCUCCAGACAGAGCGGGUUCUGCUCUCACCUGGUACCUGGUGGGAUUGGUGAGCUGGGGGUAUGAGAAAGGAUGCAGUCAAGAACUUUUCACCGUCUACACAAAUGUAACCCCAUUCAAAGACUGGAUUGAAAAACACCUGAAAUAAAGAUCUUCCCAUGACACAGCAUCUCACAGCCCCUACAAGAGCAAUGGUGUUUGCUUUCGGGUUAUUAUCUGAACAAUUUCAUAUGUUUACACAAGAUAACCAGUAUAUACAUUAUAAUAUUAACCACUUCUUUUCAAACACCUGAAUUGAUGAUACUGACUCUUUCUUAGGACAUGCAAAUCUAAGCUUCUAAGCUAUCAAAUUAUAAUGAUUUCAUAAUUCCAUGGCAGGGAUCAAAUUCUCUUCCCUCCCUCACUGAAGAAUUGACAAUGUAACGUUGAGGGCUAACUAGUGUUUUAUAAACGGUUAGUAUAAUUUGUUUCUUUUAUUUUCUAUGCCUGUACAGUACUUAUAAAGCCCAGGAUUGUGUAUGUCUUUUUUAAACAGCCUCAUCAAUUUGUCCUAACUUCAAAGAUUUGUGUAUGCGAGCCUGAGUUCUUUCUGUCCCUGAACCCCUUUAAAAUUGUACCAUUUAUUUUA